AACCAAAAUGCCGACCCUCCUGCCGUGAGCCCCCGGAGGCGCCACCGCCGUCGUCGACUACUUCGUCCGCUUCUUGUACCAAUAGUUCACGCGACCCUUACCCGGGUCUGCCUUGCAUAUUCCACCCCGUGGGGACUCUCUCUAGUGCUAACCGGGGACAACUGUAUCUCCAGAAUUGAUAGCCGAGGGCAACAUCCCCAGACCUCAUCCUUCGCACAUCCCGUCUUCGCCUCGAUUGCCCGCACUUACCCUUCACCAUCUUCACUACUUGAGGCAACCAUGGCAGACAAUCUGAGAAUAGCAAUAAUAGGCGCAGGUAUGGGAGGCCUCGCGACCGCCCUCUCCCUAGCCAAGUCAGGCCACAAGAACAUCACCAUUUACGAAACCGCCCCAGGCCUAGGUUUCGUAGGUGCCGGAAUUCAGCUUGCGCCAAACAUGGCACGAAUCCUCGACCGACUCGGCUGCUGGAAGCAAAUUGCCGCAGAAGCUGUCCAGUGCAGUGACACGUACAUCCGCGAGGGCAGCACCAAUAAGGAACUUGGCCACGUCAAACUUGAUUACGUGGAGAAGACAUACGGGUACCCACACAUGGUAGGCCACCGGGCCAGUCUAGCAAAUUCUCUCUACGACGGAUGCCUUAAGGAACCCAGCAUCACCUUCAAGCUGGGCAGCCUGAUCUCCGAAGCACAAUUCGGCCCAAAUCCAUCCUUCAAACUCACACCUGUCGGUGCUCCUGACGAAGAGCGCCGCGUAGAAUGCGACAUCCUCCUCGCUGCCGACGGCGUCAAAUCGCAAACCCGCGUCUCGAUGCUAACCUCCCUCAACGAAACCGCGACCGUCAAAGACUCGGGCCAAGCCGCCUACCGCAUCAUGCUCACCCGUGAGCAAAUGGCCCACGACCCCGAACUCCUCGCACUCAUUGAGGCCGAUACGGUUACGCGCUGGAUUGGCGAGAAGAAACACAUCAUCGCAUACCCAAUCCACAACAAGCAGAUCUACAACAUUUCGACCGCGCAGCCGGAUACGAAUUUCUCGACUGCGCCAAAUACCACGUACACAACCACGGGCUCGAAAUCGGCCAUGAUGGGCGUCUACGACGACUUUUGCCCCAUGAUUCACCGUAUGCUGGAUCUAGUGCCUGACGGGGACGUCGUAGAGUGGAAGCUGCGCGUCCACGAACCCCUGCGUACAUGGGUACACGGCAGUUCCGCUCUUGUAGGCGACGCAUGCCAUCCCACACUACCACAUCUCGCACAGGGCGCUGCGCAAGCCAUCGAGGACGGCGCUGUUCUUGGGGUCGUUCUCGCCCCGUCACGGAUCGCGGAUGGAUCCCCUGAUUCGAUCAACGCUGCGCUGAAAGUAUACGAAAGUGUGAGGAAAGAGCGUGCCGAGGCUUUGGUAGAGCUUGCGGCUGAGAAUGGAAGGCAGAUGCAUCUUGGUAGCGGGAAGGCAAAGGAAGAGCGAGAUAAGAUCUUUGCGGCGUUGAAGAGUGGGAAGGGCCCUGUGCCGGACAAGUGGGCCGAUGCAGAUGUGCAGAAGAUGAUCUACGGCUUAGAUGUUGUGGAUGAGGCGGAAAAGGCUUGUUUGGCGCAGGGACUUGUUGCGAAGUUGUGA